GUUGUUUUUGUUAAUCGUCAAAAUAUCGAAAUAAAAAUGUUUUGUGAACCUUCGCUGGUCUCCUCUUCGAGUAUUUUUGUCUGAAUUCACUGAAUUUUCUAAAAGUCGGUCUCUCUCUCUCUCUGGACAAGGCAAUGGCAACAUGUUCAAGCCUCUCGGUCCUGUCCAAAUUUAGAUCGAAUUCCGGCCAUAAGCUCAGUUUCAGAGUAAGAGCUCAGGUUUCUGGAGAUGAACGCAAGACGGCGGUCGGGUUUCCCGGUUCGAUGGAACCGGUUAACGGUUCGAUUUCCCUGGGGCGCGAUAAACACCAAGUGGGUAGUGACGGUUUAGCUGAUGAAGUGAAUGGGAAGGUGAAAUUCGAGAAGAAGACUGCGAAAGAUGAAGCUUUUUCAGAAAUGGAGCUCUUGUGGGAUGAUGGGUAUGGUUCAAAGACUGUGAAGGAUUACUUCCUCGCGGCUAAAAAGAUCAUUACAAGUGAUGGCGGACCUCCACGGUGGUUUAUCCCGGAGGAUUGUGACCGCCCGAUCAAAGAUGCUCCUACUCUCAUGUUCUUGCCAGGGCUUGAUGGAACAGGGCUGGGCCUCAUUCUGCAUCACAAAGCUCUGGGGAAGGCUUUUCAUCUCCGGUGCCUUCAUAUUCCUGUCAACGAUCGAACUCCAUUUGAUGGGCUCGUGAAAUUAGUCGAGGAUGCUUUGAGACGGGAGCAUGCUUCAAGUCCAGAUAAGCCUAUUUAUCUUCUGGGAGAUUCCUUUGGAGGAUGCUUGGCUCUUGCCGUUGCUGCGAGAAAUCCUCACAUCGACAUAGUGCUGAUACUAGUCAAUCCAGCGACAUCAUUUGAGAGGUCACAGCUACAACCACUGCUGCCCAUAUUAGAGUUGUUGCCAGAAGAACUGCACUUUACUGUUCCAUAUGCUCUAAGCUUUGUUAUGGGUGACCCGUUAAAGAUGGCAUCGGUUGAUAUCAACACUGAACUUCCAACAGGAAUAAGAUUGCAACUGCUGAGAGAAAAACUCAGUUCAUUGCUUCCUUUUCUCUCUGUGCUUGGUGAAAUUGUUCCGAAAGAAACCCUUCUUUGGAAGCUUAAGUUGCUGAGGACUGGCGCUGCUUAUGCCAAUUCUCGCCUCCAUGCUGUUAAAGCUGAAGUUCUGGUUCUUGCUAGUGGAAAGGACAAUAUGCUUCCUAGCCAAGAAGAAGCAAUGCGGCUUCAUGGGUUAUUCAAAAACUGCACGGUUCGAGUCUUCAAAGACAACGGGCAUACCCUUUUACUGGAAGACAGCGUCAGCUUGCUCACUGUUAUUAAAGGUACAUGCAAAUACCGCCGCUCCAGGAGAGUUGAUUAUGUCUCAGACUUUUUGCUUCCGAGUAAGGGAGAAUUUGAAUAUGCGACUAACCGGAUAGUCGGGUUCUUACGCUAUGCUGUUGGCUCUGUAAUGUUCUCAACUAUGGAAGAUGGAAGAAUAGUGAAGGGUCUGGCUGGAGUUCCCGAUGAAGGUCCUGUCUUACUUGUUGGUUAUCACAUGUUGAUGGGGUUGGAACUUGGCCCGAUGUCUGGGGCAUUUGUGAGAGAGAAAAGAAUUCUCUUCCGUGGUAUGGCACAUCCUGUAUUGUACUCGGAAAACGAGUCAUCUAAAGAUUUUGGUUACGUCGACUGGUUCAAGGUAUUUGGUGCAUACCCUGUCACGCCGAGCAAUCUUUACAAGCUGCUAGCUUCGAAAUCUCAUGUCCUUCUCUAUCCGGGUGGUGCACGUGAGGCUCUCCAUUAUCGGGGCGAAGAAUACAAGUUAAUUUGGCCUGAGCACCAAGAGUUUGUGAGAAUGGCAGCACGGUUUGGGGCAACAAUAGUGCCGUUUGGAACUGUUGGAGAAGAUGACAUAGCUGAGUUGGUUCUGGAUUACAAUGACCUGAUGAAGAUUCCCUUUAUCAAUAACUACGUCAGUGAAGCAGCUCGUGAUGCCUCGAGAUUCAGAUUGAGGGAUGAAUCAAGCGGGGAAGUCGCAAACCAGCGGCUCUACUUACCGGGACUCUUACCGAAGAUUCCAGGUCGGUUCUAUUACCUGUUUGGGAAACCAAUACACACAAAGGGAAGAGAGGACCUGGUGAAAGACAAAGAAGCAGCAAACAACUUGUACUUGCACGUAAAAGCAGAGGUGGAGAGAAGCAUAUCGUACUUGUUGAAGAAACGAGAGGAGGAUCCGUACAGAAGUAUCAUAGACAGAGUAGCGUACAGUGUGGCUCACACCCCUGCAGUUGAUGUCCCUUCGUUCGAGCCAUGACCAAAGAGUAAGUUCAUCACCAAGGUAUCAUAUGAAUUCUUUUUUUUUUUUUUGUUAAAGACCAACACUGUUAUUUAUUACCCAUAUUCAUAUAUAGAAAAGGUACAUGUACAUGCUAUUGUAUUUGCUGUUCGAUGUAAGUGCCAUUGUGGGUCACUAUGAAUGGAAGGUUAUGGGUUUCUAGUUCAAGAUGA